GUCACAGUUCAAAACAAUACUUGAAGUUCCGCCUGGCCGCUUGGCGCCGCGUCCUCAUGAAGAUGUCUCAAAAUAAUCCCGACAAAGACGACCAAACGUCUAGCAGCAAAAAGACCAUCUCCCUCCCUAUAUCCAGAGUGAGGCUGAUCAUGAAGAGCUCCCCGGAUGUCUCCAGCAUCAACCAGGACGCUCUUUUCCUCACCACCAAGGCGACAGAGCUGUUCGUCCAGCACCUGGCUGUCUCCUCGUUUAACAAUGGAUCCGGGAAGGAAACUAACACCUUGUCCUACAGCGACCUGGCUAACACCGCGGAGGAGACCGAGACUUUUCACUUUCUAACAGAUAUCCUGCCUAAGAAAAUCUUGGCUCGGGAUUACCUCAAGUCUUUGGAGCAAAUGCAAGAAGAGGAUGGCGACUUUUAAAAAUGACACUGGCUGCACACAUCACCUCUGAACAGAUCAAAUAUACACGUCCUGCCGUUCACUGACAAUACAGUGACUGGCAGAGGAGACUCCCUGAACUUUCUCAGUGCUUCUAAAUACAUGGGCUUGUGGAUAAGGUUGGCGGACGUGGAGCUGGAGGUAAAGCCGCUCAGGGCUAAUGUGAAAUCAAGUGAAGACUCAGAGUUUAACUUUAAACACACAGUCUUAGAGGAGACUAGGAUGUUGUCCCGUAUAAUCUGUGAUAAAUAAUUGAUGUCAAGCUCAAAUUUGUGUUAAUGACCUGAACAAAGCAGCCUUAGAUGAAGCAAGAAGGCAAAAGUACUGUUGUUACUCAUUAAUGAUACACUUGAACAGUAGAUCCUGAACAUUUCCAGAGUAAUUUUUGAUUGUUUUGCAUGUACAAUUAUCAGGAGGAAUGAAUUGGUUUUCCUUGCAGGCUCCUUUCAUGUAACAGACCAAGAAUUCCUUCCACACAGCUGGAGCACAGAUGUCUCAGAUGCUGACUUAUAAUUGCCUUUGAAAUAUAAUUGGUUAUUUUUAGAGAUGAAGUCAAACAUGAAUUUCCAGGUGAAAUGUUCUGAUGUUACCGAUUCUAAGUUAUACACGAUACUGUAGUUUUCUAAAAGGCAUCGUCAUGUUCGAGAUGCGAGUAGAUUAUCACAAAUACUUGAAAGUUUUGAACCAAUCAAAAGUAAAAAUACCUCUGUUUUCCUGCUCAACUACAAAGCAGCUGGACACGCUGUGCUCUUUCCAAAUGAAAACGGAUGUGAGUAUUUAAUGUGUAUAUAACAGCUGACAACCUUCCAAGGCAUCUUCCUCAUAUAUUUGCAAAUUUGUUGUUUAGAUUUGAUAUGAAAAUAAACCAAGUUAAACAACUCA